AUGGAGGGCAAAAAAUUAAUUAUUUUAAUAACUAUUUACGGAAUUAUUUGGCUUGGUCUUGCGGAGACCUUAUUGCAAACUCCCCCAUCAACUCCUUUGAUUUGUCCUCAUAACCAUCCAAAAACGAGAACAUCUGUUGGUACUUAUUGUGGAACCCGUGAAUCGGUCAUUUGGCAUCCGGGUACGAAUACUCACGUAGACGUAUACUUUGGAAUAAGAUAUGCCAAACCGCCAACGGGUUCUUUGAGAUUUAAAAAGCCUGUGCCCCCAAUUGCUGAACCCGAUCGUGUUUUCGAUGCAAGAAUCCGCCCAGAUGCCUGCUAUCAGUAUAUUGAUACCAUGUUUCAAAAUUCUGCGGGAGCUAGGAUAUGGCAACCCAAUACACCAUUGUCAGAAGACUGUCUCUUCCUGAACAUUUUUGUUCCAGACAUACCUUCAGAGCUACGAUGUGAAAAGAACAAAAAAUUCCCUGUCAUGGUUUGGAUAUUUGGUGGAUCAUUUAUAACCGGAUCAUCAGUUCUACAGAUCUACGAUGGUAGAUUUUUGUCAUCGCGUCAAAAUGUCAUCGUAGUCACAUUGAAUUAUCGUCUGGGACCUUUCGGGUUUCUCUAUCUAAAUAGCUCUUGGGUGAGUUUAAUUCAAUAUAUUCGGAUCAAAAAUAAAUUAAUUUAA